CAAGUUCUGGGUUCAAGCGUGGAUGGCGCAUUGCUGUCACAAUGGCAGACCACAUACAUUACGGAGACCUCUCCGGGGCUUUGGGUGGUGCAGGUGAAGAUCGGGAAGCCUACACUGGAUCCAACAUCCAUGUGCCUUCCGAUGCGGACAUCGUGUCGGGCGCUGCAGAUGACAUGGCCCGUGCGAGGCAGCAGCAUGAAGAGGCCGUUCGGGCCUUCGAGCAGAAGCGCUCCCAAAGAGAGAUGGCUGUCCCCACGGGAGACGCCCAAGUGAAAGCAAAGCUCCGAGAGUUUGGCGAACCAGCCUGUAUUUUCGGUGAAGGUCCCUAUGAGCGACGUGAUCGUUUGCGAACGAUCAUGGCCGGCAGAACCGCACCGACCCUAGAUGCCAAGCGCCAGGAGUCCACAGGCGAUGAGGAUUUGUUCUACACCGAAGGGGUGGAGGAGCUCUUAGAAGCACGUGUGAAGAUUGCUGAAUGGUCUUUGCCCCGGGCGAACCAGCGCUUGGUGAAGGAGCGACGGCAACGCCUUGACGAAGAUCCUGUGGAACAUGAGGAGCGCAUUGAUCGAUUCUGCAUGUUCCUCCAGAAGUCCAUGGUUGCUGAGGUGUCUCAGGUCGGAGAUGAAAGACCUUUGACGCAGGGCAAGUUCUCCCCAGAUGCUCAGUUAUUUUGCACCUCUUCUUGGUCUGGAUUCGUCAAGUUGUGGAAGACCCCGUCCUGCGAUCCGGUGCUGACCAUUCGUGGACAUGAAGACAGGUGCAACAGCAUUGCGUGGCACCCACAGUGCAAAGGUACACCUCCUUUUGAGGGCAACACAGUGAGGCUUGCCUCCGCCUCUGCAGACUCCAGGAUCAACCUCUGGUCACUCUCAGACAGCCAGCCCGUGAAUGUGCUGGAGGGUCACGAGGACCGCGUCAACAGAAUUGCGUUUCAUCCCAUGGGUGAGCACUUGAUCUCCACAUCUCAUGACAUGAGUUGGCGGCUUUGGGAUGUGAACACUACCACGGAGCUUUUGCUGCAGGAAGGCCACUCAAGGCCUGUCUAUGGGGUUUCGGUGCACCCCGACGGCUCAUUGGUAGCCACUUCUGACUUGGGCGGCGUCGUGCGGGUGUGGGACCUCCGCAGCGGCAAGACUGUGAUGCCUCUGGCAGCCCACGGGAAGCAGGUCAUGGCUGUCGACUUUCACCCACGGGGGACUGUCCUUGCCACAGCCAGCGAUGACCACAGCGUCCGCAUUUGGGACCUUCGCAAGCGAAGGUGUACGCACAACCUUUUGCUCCACAACAAGCUCAUCUCUGAGGUGAGCUUCGAGAAAGGUGAAGGACGCUUAAUGUUGACAUCAAGUUACGAUGGCACCGUGAAAAUUUGCUCCACAACUGACUGGAAGGUUGUGAAGGUCCUCAUCGGGCACGAGGGCCGUGUGAUGGGUGCAGACCACAUCCCAGCAGCUGUGGGUGGUCACCACUACAUCGGUUCCGUGGCAUUUGAUCGGACUCUCAAGUUCUGGUCCACCCAGGGCAAAGCAGAACCUCCAGUCGAUGCCACCGCCUUUAUGACCUGAGAGUUGUGCAACACCCUCGACUUCCACAGCUGCUGGAUCUCUUAAAGU